AUGACAUUUAAACUAUUUGGAAACCAAGGCUAUCUCACUGCGGACCCUAAGAAUGUGGAAUCCAUACUCUCAACAAAUUUUGAAGAUUGGUGCCUCGGCUCCCGACGACCUGGUCUCAUGCCUAUGCUGGGCGAAGGCAUUUUCACUCAAGACGGUCGUCCAUGGAAGCAUUCAAGAGAGCUACUCCGCCGCCAAUUCGUACGAAUUCACCGGCAAGAUUCCAAGAUUUUCGAUGAACACGUAGAAGAGUUGAUUUCCAACCUCCGCUCAGCAACUGCGAGUGGCGUGGUAGAUCUACAACCUCAUCUUUUCCGCUUUACGCUCGCGACAACAACGGCGCUUAUCUUCGGAGAGCCGGUCUUUGCCUUGCCAGGGGCAGAGACAGAUACUUUCGAGAAAGCCUUUGACUAUGCCAGCUACAUCAGCGCGAUCAGACUUCGUCUUGCUGACCUGGAAUGGAUCUGGAAGCCUGCUAAGUUCAGGGCAGCUUGUGAUGUCGUCAAAGAAUAUGCAUCUCACUUUGUGCAGCUUGCCCUCGACGAUAUGGAAAAGAAUGGCGAAGAAGCAGCAUCGGAGAGGCAUGCAUUUAUUCUCGAGCUUUACAAGGAGAUGCAGGACAAGGUCCUUGUGAGAGAUCAAUUGGUCCAUGUACUUAUCGCUGGAAGGGACACGACGGCAUGUCUAAUGUCAUGGGCAUUUUUCCUUCUCGUGCGGCAUCCCGAAACUCUCGCAAAACUUCGCAGCGAGAUCCAAGAUGUCACCGGAGGAUCCCAUGAAUUGAGCCGGGCGAAGAUUAGCAAGAUGACGUAUCUCCGAUGUGUGAUUAAUGAAUCUCAACGACUAUACCCGCAACUUCCAGUGAACGUCCGUGUAGCUGCUAAAACGACAUUCCUCCCGAGCGGAGGAGGCCCCGAUGGCAAAUCCCCGGUACUCAUACCCAAAAACACAGGGGUUGGCUAUUCAGUGUACCACAUGCACAGACUAAAGAGCGUGUACGGUGAAGAUGCAAAUAGUUUCCGUCCCGAGAGAUGGCUGGGUCCAGAGCUGGAUGGUAUCGGUUGGGGAUUCAUGCCUUUCCACGGAGGGCCAAGGAUAUGUCUAGGCAAGGAAUUUGCACUGACAGAAGCUUCACAUGCAAUUAUACGAAUCAUUCAAACAUUCCCCGAGCUCAGAUUACCACCUGAAACACCUAUUGUUCCACCUGGCGAGGAGAAGCAGGCUUUGACGAUUGUGGUUAUGAGUGCAGAAGGAUGUAAGGUUUUGCUGGACUGA